AUGAGGGAGCACCAUAAAGUUGUUUAUAUGUACUACGACAAACGAAAGGCAUGGACGACAUCAAAUCUAGGAAGAUACAUGUUUAAAUAUUAUAACACGAAGCCACCAUCUCAUGAAGUGAUAAACUACCCGGAACGCGGCCAUUUUAAUAUUUUGAUCUGGAGAUACUGGCCGUGGCUCAAACAGAGACAUGAGGCGGGGUUUGAUAAUCACAGUGUAAACCCGUUAUUCGGCUGCAGCGUAACAAAUUGCAAGUUUUUUGAAAACAAUGACACUUACUCGUAUAUUUCAUCCAUGGACGCCGUUGUUGUGCACCUGCAAAAAGGCCUCCUACCAGAUUUCUCGAAGCGCAAGCCGUACCAACGCUGGAUAUUCUGGACGGACGAAUCACCUAUCCACACAUUCGCUGUCGAUAUAAAGCGACGAGAGACACCCACACUUUCGCAACUGGCUAAUGUCUUUAAUUGGUCUAUGUCAUACAGAACCGACUCCGACAUCCCGGUCCCAUACGGCCGAACAAUACCUCUUCUGUACCCGAAACUAAACGACAUAGCCGACGAUGAGUUGACACAACUCGUCCCAUAUUGGAAACAAAAACAGAGGGACAUUUUGGCAGCAAUCAUCAUGUCGCGCUGUGUCGGGUUUAGGAUGAGAUUCGUGAUGCAGCUACAGAGGUUUUUUAAUGUGGACAUGUUUGGAAAAUGCGCGCUUGUUAAUAAUCAUACGAAUAGAUGCCCCGGUCGCUACACACACGACUGUCCAAUAAUAUCCAAAUAUCUAUUCUACAUCGUGAUAGAAAACUCAAAAUGCCGCCAAUACAUAUCAGAAAAGGUUUUCCAUCACGCAUACUCAAAAGGCGCCAUACCUAUCAUCAUGGGAUCACCUUUAGUGGACUGUGUCAAGCUUUUACCCCCUAACUCUUUUAUACAUAUGGAUAACUUUGCAUCUGUAAAGCAUUUAGCUAGAGAAGUGUACGCUAUAAGUGGUAAUAUACCUAAAUUACUGUCUUAUCACGCGUGGAGGAAUAAUUUUAAGACUGUGGAGGAGCAUGGUUUUCUUGGUACUAGGUCAUUAGCUAUGUGUAGAAUUUGCGAAGCUUUGAAUUAUAAUAGUAAUGCUAGGAAAGUUUAUGGUAUAGAUGAUAUUAUGUUGUAUUUGGAUCCAGCUGUGUGUUGUUCCAGGAAUCCUUAGUGGAAA